AUGAAGAUCUUCAAAAGGAGGCUGGAGUCUGCUACUGUACAAACCCGGAUCUCCAAAAUGCGGGUCACCAUGUCUCUCUUAGCUCUUUUGCUUUUCUUUAAUUUGGACUUUAGCUCCUCUGAGACGCAGAUCGGGGGUAUUUUGGAACCGUAUGAUCUGUUGUUUGAUAAUGCAGUGGAAGCGUAUUAUAAACAGGACUGGCUCUCAGUGAUCCUGAACAUGGAGCGAGCUCUCAGGAAUAAGAACACGGUGCGCAAAAUAAGGGCACAGUGUCGGGUAACCUGUGCCAACCAGACUGCUUUCGGAGAGCAAGUAUUUGGAUUGGGUACCCCGGUGCCAGGGACUGGUCCCGUUCAGGAUUUAGCGUUUUUCCAACGUGUGUUAAAGCGGGCGGAGUGUGUGAACGCCUGUGAAACUGAAAAACUGGGACCUCUGAGUCUGCACAAAGUCAGUGAUGAGAUAGAGCUGGAGUUUAAAAAGAGGAGUCCAUAUAAUUACCUGCAAGUGGCUUAUUUUAAGAUAAAUAAGCUUGACAAAGCUGUGGCUGCGGCGAACACAUUUUAUGUGGCAAAUCCGGGGCACGUGGAGAUGAGACAGAACCUGGAGUACUACAGUCUGAUGGCAGGCGUGCAGGAAACUGAUUUUAAGGACCUUGAGGCCAGACCACACAUGGCUGAAUUUCUGGAAGGGAAAAGGCUUUACAGUUCAGAAGACUUUUUCUCAGCUAUUGAUCAUUUUGAGGCAGCGUUAGAGGAGUUUUUCACCUCCGAUACAGAGUGCAGGGCGUUGUGUGAGGGAGAAUAUGAUUACGAUGGCUACAACUACAUGGAGUACAACGCUGACCUCUUCCAGUCAAUCACAGAUCACUACCUGCAUGUUCUAAACUGUAAACAGAACUGUGGUGUAGAACUGGCCUCCACUGCUGGAAGAGAAAAGCCAUUUGAAGACUUCCUUCCAUCACAUUUUAACUACCUCCAGUUUUCCUACUACAACACUGAGCAAUAUGGAAAAGCCAUUGAAUGUACUAAAACGUACCUCCUGUUUCAUCCUGAGGACGAAGUAAUGAGACAAAACCUGGCAUAUUACUCUGCCAUGCUCGGAGAAGACAAGGCCGCUGACAUCCCAGCCAGAGAGGUUGUCCAGCAGUAUAUUAAGAAGUCCUUGCUGGAGAAAGAGCUCCUUUACUUUGGCUUUGAAACUUUUGGAGUCACGUUUGUUGAUCCCGACACAUGGACACCUGCAGAAAUUAUGCCUAAGAAACUCAGAGACAAGCAGAAGGCAGACAGAGAAACGGCUGCUCGGAUUACAGAGGAGAUUGGUAACCUCAUGAAAGAGAUUGAGACGCUAGUGGAGGAGAAGUCCAAGGAGUCAUCAGACCUUUCCAAGAUGAUUAAUGAAGCUCCUUCUGCAGCAGAUGGCUUGAUGUUUGACGAUAUCACGGUGAGCAUGACAGCCAAAGCUCUGAACGGCUCUGAGCGAGUGGUGCUGGAUGGGGUCAUCACGGACGACGAAUGCCGAGAACUACACCGACUGUCAAACGCAGCAGCACAGAAAGGUGACGGUUACAGAGGAAGGCCGAACCCUCACUCACCCAGCGAGAUGUUUCAGGGGGUCACCGUCCUCAAAGCUCUUAAGCUUGGUCAGGAGGGUGUACUUCCUCUGAAGAGUGCUCGUCUGUUUUUUUAUAUCAGUGAGAAGGUUCGAAAAGUGGUCGAGUCCUCUUUCAGCCUGCAGACUCCUCUUUACUUCUCCUACUCCCACCUCGUCUGUCGCUCAGCCAUCGAGGGUAAGAAAA